GUUCUAAGCCAUUGCAAGCAGUUGAACAUCAUGUAUUUGUUGAUGAAAUGAAAAAGGCGAAGUUGUCUUGUAAAGUUACUUCCCAAACAUCUACUCUUAUCAGUUGGACAUUUAACAACAAACCUAUUUACGUUGGUUCGCGAGUGGAAAUAGUCAAUACAUCAAUAAAUAACAGCGUAUACAAUUCUCUUUUUAUCGAUAAUGUCAACGUCAGUGAUAGUGGUACAUACACAUGUUAUGGUCAUUUCGCUGGAGUUUUAGUAGUUGAGACGAUCACUUUGAGUGUGCGAGUAUUGAUGGCACCAAACGUUUCCCUCAACAAUAUUGUACAAAGACAGGAUUCUUCUUUUGAAAUCGAUUGUCAUGCAUCCGGUUAUCCUCCUCCUGAAAUCGAAUGGAAAAAAGACGGCGAAGUAAUAAAAUUUAAGAAAAGCAAUGAUAUAUCUAAAACAGAUCAAUGUGAGGGUAUGAUCGGGGGGAUUUAUAUGAAAUCCAAAGCAGAUGUACUGGUGAUUUGUAAAGCUGAUUACAAAGAGCAUUUAGGCGAGUUUUCAUGUACAGCUCGCAAUUCUCUUGGCAAUAAGACAGCAAAGGCCAAAGUGGAAAUACUUGCUCCUCCAGUUAUUAAGCCAUUUUCAGAGAUUAAACCAGAAAUCAGCCUAGAGUUUACUCUCUUCUGUGAUGCUGAUGGCAAUCCUAAACCUACAGUUUGGUGGACGAAAUUUGAUGAUACUACAUCGAACUUCAGUCCUUUUGAAAAUAGAAGUAAUGUGUUGUAUUUUGCGUCUUUCGAAGAAGGCAACAGUGGAACUUAUCGUUGUUACGCGCAGAAUGGUCUAAAUAUCACCUCGGAAGACCAUGAAUUGGCUUUCGUCGUCGAUGGUCAGCCAUCAAAGCACCACUAA